ACUCUCCGACGCUGCGGACGUGUGUGUUUUUUCGCUCUCCGCCAAAUGUACAACAACAAAAGCCAGCGAUCGACAACAACAAUUCGACUGGUUAAUGUUAGUGUUUGUGUGUGCUUGUGUCUGUGCCUUAGUUAAAUCGAAAUCAAAUGAUUGAUUCGAAACUAAACAAAUAAAUGGGAGUAUAGCAACAACAGGGCGGCGUUACGUCAUGGCUGUCGCCAUUGUUGUUGUUGCGUUGGCAUACUUUCGAUGCUAGUGUAUGCGGGAAAACAAUUGUUUUGCGCUUUUCGCCAACGAUAAUUAUUAAAAUAAAACGUAAACUAGAGAGAGGGAGAGAGAAGCGUUUCAUCGCCACUGCGUUCCCAGAGAGAGCAACAAAGAGAGAGAGCGGAACAGCUGGGACUGAAACCGAAUAUUGUGGAACAGCUGGGACUGAAAUCGAAUAUUGAAUCGUGUGUUUUUCAACUUACGCUCACUGUAACUUUGCGUGCGUUUCAGUUUAGUUCGUUUCGUGCGCGCUAAGAAUUAACACAACUUAAGCUUAAAACACCUAGAAAACCAGUAGGAAACCCCAAGCAAAAUAAAAACAAAAAAGAGUUGAGCAUCCAGCAGCAACCAAACAAAAGUGAAUAAAAAUAAAUAGCAGCAGUUAAUAAAUAAAUACAGAAACCACAUAUUCAACAUACACACAUAGCCAGCGUUCCUGUACUCAAAAGCAUUCCUAAUCGCCGCAAAAAAUAAUAACACAGAAUAAAUAAUAACAAGCAGCAAAACAACAUCAACAAAAAUAACCACAAAUAAACAAAUGCAAAGAAUUAAGUUUAAAUCGAAAAUAAAGCCAUGUAUAUAAGUGUUGCUUAGAUCAAUUCGCCUAAAAGUGUCACAAGAAAGUGUCUAAGAAGUUUAAACAAAUUUAGGAAAUUUAUGCCCUUAAUAUAGCGCAAUUCCUAAAGCAAUUUUAAUCUAAAAGAUAUAGUUAAAAAAAAAGAAAUACACCACUAAACAAUUGAAAUAAGAGCACAAAACCCUACGAAAAAGGUCGCUUGUUGCUAAUCGCCAUUAGUUUAUCCGUGUGCCUGGCCUGUGGCAGUGUGUUGGUGGCCGCGAUUGCCCUGCGCCGCUCUGCCAACGCAACAGCAACAGCAACACUAGCAGCAGCAACAUCGACGACGACGGCAGCAACAUCAGCGGCAGGAGCAGCAUUGGAAGCGGCAACAACGCGCAGGAUACGGCACAAGCGUCGCUCGUCGCAACGACGGCGGAGCAGCAACAACGCAGUGCUGUCAUCUGGGAUUGGAACUGGGAUUGGCAUCGGGAUCGGAAUAGGAAUCGGAAUCGGGCCUGGACUGGAAACCAAUUCGGCUCUGGCCCUGCCACUAGCAACACCAUCAACAUCGGGCUCCACAGCAGCGGAUCAGACAGCUGUAGCCGCCGCAGCAGCAGCAGCAGCAGCAGCAACAACAACAGCAGCAACAGUAUCGCAAGCAGCAGCAACAGAAACAACAACACUUUUGCCAACCGAGCCGGAACAUUCUGUACCCAUGCUAUCGGUACAGACGGCCGGCUGCGCGGGAAUGGAGCGGCUCGGCGUUCCGACCCGCACAUCUUUGAGCUCACCACCCGAUGAUAGGGAUCAAUUUAGAUGUAGAAUGCGCGUGGAUGCGCUCCAAGCACGUGAGCUCCUGGCUGUACGUGGCGAGACUGUGAUUCGUGGCGCCGGAAACAAUCAGCAGCAGCACCAUCUCCAUCACAGCAGCAUCAGUAGCAGCAGCAGCAGCAACAAGCAACAACAUUCCCACCACCAGCAACAACGCAUGACAACUCCAAGCACGCACAACUCCGGCGGAGGAGGAGGAGUAGGAGGAGGCGGUGACCAUCACCAUCAGCAGCAACAGCAACAGCUGAGCAGUAGCAGCAACAACAACUAUAGUAUUAGCAGCAAUGUGGCGCGAGGCGGCAUCGAGGCCACCACCCUCAAGUACGGCAACACGGGCAGCGGGAGUGGAGGUUGCUACAAGGGCGACUGCGGCAACUCCUCCUCAACGGGAUCCUCGUGCAGUUCGCUGCAGAGCCACAGCAACGACCACCACCAACAUUACCAGUACCAGCUGCAGCAGCAGCAGACGCCCCGCUGUCCCCAUCACGUACCACUGCCGGACAGCGAGUACGGACAGGAUCGCCACCUGCAGAUCAGGAGCAGCUAUCAGCAAUCGGAGAUCACCAGAUCGUACACGAAACCGCCGCCCAACAAGACGGUGCGCGAUGUGCCCGAGCAGAUCUCGGCGGGCGGCUGCGGCGUCUCCAGCUCCAGCUACCGUCUUACCACGCUCCAGGCCGCCUCCUCCACAUACACGCCCGCCGGGGCGUCAGUGUCCGCCUCCUCAUCGUCCAGCAAGUCCAAGCCGAAUGCCAUAACCAAGUUCUUCUCGCGCAUCAGUUCGCCCAAGUCGCCGCCGAGCUGUACGAUGUCCUCGGUGGCAGCUGCUGCCGCUUCCCCACCAUCCUCCACCGUCUCCAUGUCGUCGUCAGCCUCCUCGCUAGCCUCCUCCGCCUGUGUGUCCACCUCGUCGUCGGCCUCCUCGCUAGCCGCCGUGCCCCUGCCCACGUUGCCGGUUUCGAAUGCCUCGCUGCUGAAGAGCACGGCCUGCGGCUAUGGCACCAAUCCGAGUGGAACGCAUAUCUACGCGGGAUUGACCAGCCUGGGAACCGGAACGAGCGGCAAUUGCAGCCCCGAAAGGAUACCCACACCGCCGCUGUCCGUCUCGGUGCCAAUUGGAGCCGGUCUGCAGCCACUGAGGAGCAGCAGCGGGAGCAGCAGCAGUACCGCCAGUCUACCCCAAGUAGAGGCAACCACAACAGCCACCACCACUCAGUCUUCCUUUGCCACCGGAGCGACGGGGGAUCUCCCGCUGACCACGAUGAGCCGCAAUAAUUCCAACUCUAGCAUGAUGAGCUGCCACUGCAGCUGCAAUAGCCGGAAUUGCAGCCACUGUGCGGCCAACUCAUAACUGAGCUCGUGUUAAGUUUAACUACAUUAAAAUAUCGGCGGUGAUGCAGAAGCCCCUGGAGAUUUAAGAACAUUAGUUUUAAGAGCAAGGAUUUUUUAACUACUGUUGUCGCAUCUCCAGAGAUUUGUGCGGUACCUCCAAUA